CUUACAUUAUGUGCCGGUUAAUAAUCAUACAUCUGUUCAUUUUUUGUCCAUGCUUUGGUCGUGAUCCACCAACUGUCGAUAUACCAAGUCAAGGCACCAUAAUGGGAAAAGAAAUAUCAAUGAUAAGGACUAAAACGAUUUUAGCAUUUUUGGGUAUCCCCUACGCUCAACCACCGCUCGAAAAUUUGCGAUUUGCCCCACCUGUAACAAAUACUUUACCUUCAUGGGACGAUAUCAAAAAUGCCACUCAAUUUGCUCCGGCUUGCUUGCAAACUGAAAAGGAUAUUAAUAAACAGGAUAUGCCUUUCUUAAAAAUAAUCUCUAACCAAACGUUCGAAACCAGCGAAGAUUGUCUUUAUCUAAAUGUUUUCGUGCCUAUUGGGAAGCCCCCUACUGAAAAAUUUGCAACAAUAAUAUGGUUUCACCCAGGAAAUUUUACCACUGGAAAUCCGGCUAUGUGGAACCCAUAUGAAUUGGUGUUUCGCCAUCAAGUUAUAGUGGUGACUGUAGCUUUUCGGUUAAAUAUUUUAGGAUUUUUUACAACCAUGGAUGGUGAAGCUCCAGGGAAUUACGGUCUAAUGGAUCAACAAGCGGCAAUGAUGUGGGUGAAAAAUAACAUAAACAUUUUCGGGGGAAAUCCAGAUAACAUUUGCAUAAUGGGUUAUGGUACGGGAGCUUUGAGCGUGGGUAUUCAUAUGGUCAACUCGCAGUCGCGUGAAUUAUUUAACAAAGCAAUUGCAAUGAGUGGGAACUUCAUGAAUCCAACUGCUGUUAAGUAUCCAAACGAAGAUAAAAAGAUAUUGGACGAAAUCGCCGAGUAUUUUGCCUGCUACAGAACUCCAACAUCUGACCUUAUCAACUGUUUAAGGAGAGCGGCAGCUCAAAAUUUAGUCGCGUUCACAUCAAGUGUAAAUUGGAGACCGUUAAUAGAUAUUGGUUUAAGCAAUACCACCCCACCGUUCCUUCCUAGACCGCCAAAAGCCUUUUUCGAAGAAGGCGACUUUGCUCAAGUUCCUUUUUUAACUGGUUACACGAAUAUGGAGAAUGCUCUAAGUAUUGAUAUGUUGGACCCGGAAAUGGUUCAGGAUAAGCAAAUAAAUGACGAAUUUUUAAAGGAAUCACUUGAGCAACUUGCUCAAAAAGAUCUUCCACCUCUUAACGAAAACGACAGUUGCAUUUACAACUAUGAUCAUGUGUCCGAUUCUGUAUUAUUUUUUUAUGGAUCGCAAGAAGCAAGCAAAGACCCGAAUAAAACAAGAAAAGUUAUAAUUGAUUACGUUACAGAAAAGAAUUUUGGUGCGUCCACGUUUCUCAACGCACAGUACGUGAGCAAAUUACAAAAAACUUACGUGUAUCGAUUUGAUAUGAAGCCCAGUACUUCUGCAGUUAUAACAGACAUUCCUGAAUGGGUAUCGGCACCGCAUCUUUUUGAUUUAAUUUACAUUUGGGGAAUCCCGUUCUGGGUCCCUCUAAAAGAUCAAGAGUGGGACGGUAGGGAUAAGAGAACAUCAAUCACUAUUAUGUCAUUGUGGACGAAUUUCGCUAAAUAUUCGAAUCCUACUGAAAGUAAUACACACGGAAUUCGUUGGGACGUUUUUACCCCAGAUAACCCUGGCAUACUAAUUAUUGAUCGCAUCUUUAACAUGAGCGAUCAAAGUAAGCUAAAUUACAAGGCUUUCGAAUUUUGGAACGAUUAUUAUCCAAAAGUUGUCGAAGUUGCAACUCAAUGUUGCAAUGCAACUGAUUCUUCAAUAUCAAUUUAUUGGUCAACUGAUAGUUGCUUCCAUAUAUUUAUAAUGAUUUUUGUUGGUCUAUUAACUGCUUGUAAAGGUUUAUAAAACAAUUAACUUCAGUUGAAUUAAUUUGGGAGGUAAGUUUCUUAAAAAAGAUAUCACUGAAGAUGGCGUGCUGUGUGCAGAAACCGAAACUGCUGAAGAGCAAAACUGCUGUACUUGCACUUUAGUGAUCACAUUCCUAAAACAGCUAACUACCUUUAGUAAUAUAUAUUCCAAGACACCAUUAUGUUUACUAUACAGGGUGUUAGGUGUAUAGUUGCAACUCUUUUACUAAUUUUUAAAUAUAUGAGAUUUGACAGUUUGAUUUUCACUUAUUAAAUGUAAUGGUAAAUAUCUAGAGGUGUUGAGACUGUUGGUUAGAGGGGUGGGGGUGGUGUGGGAGGGUGCAGGUGAACUACUCCCCCUACCCGUUAUCGUAGCUUUACGUCCCCGCCACCUACAAAAGUUGUUUAGUGUUGUACAAGGUCAUACUCCCGCCCUUUCACC